UGUCUUUGUGUUAUAAUAAACUUGAAUUAAGAAGACUUUUGAUUUUAAACGUAAACAUACAGUUCUUUAAAACCAGUAAUCAUACAACGAGAAAAGGUUCAUUAAAUAUAUUGUUCGGUCUAUUUUAGACAUAGCAUGCUAAUAACAUCAAUGUGUUACCGGAAUACAGAUUCUUUAUCGAAUUGUGAAACAUAUUUGUAUUUUUAAGGAUUAAUUCAAAAUGAAAUUUGAAAUACACUUCGUGCUGUUGUCCUUUAUAUGGCGUAACACUCUUUGAGAGUUUAUUAAGCCACGAGACAAAUCUUAAGUGCAGUGACUAUAUUUUUUCUUGUAUACGGAAGAAUUUAUCGACAAACGACAGUAGCGUACCUUUAAAACCCCGGGUAGUUGUUAGAUCUGCAUGGGUAUUGUUUUGUGUAAAAUUUAAAAGUCAUGAUUUCUAGAAGACUUCGGUAAGCCGAACAGUGAAAUGAAAAUUAUUUCACUUUUAAUGAUUUCAAUUGCUUCAUAAAGUUUUAUAAUUAUGUGCAUUUAAUAACUAAGUUGUGAAGUGAAAAGGAUUUAUAGUUUAAAAUGUAGACCAGCAAUAAACAGGAUAUAUAUCUUUAAUCGAAACAACAAUUUGUUGAUAUAUGAAUACAGAUAUAUUACUCUACAAUGAAGAAAGUGAAUAGUAUAACAAAGAUUUGUUGAACGAUAAAAGUGAAAUUUUCAGAAACAGAUAUAUUCAGAAUUAACCAUUUUUGUGCGAGUCACUAUUUUUUGAAUGAUGGCUUCAGUUGUUGAAAAUCUAAUCUACAUGAUUCAGGAACAUCCAACAAAACGGAAUGAAUCAGAAAUAUCUUCUGUCAUUCCUUGGCUUAGAAAGAGGAGUAAAAUGUUAUCUUCACAGAAUGAUGCUGUUCUGGCGGAUAUAGUGAGGCACUGUGAACAUCAGGUAAACGAACGUGAUGACGUCAUUAUACGCCAAGGAGAACGUGGAGACAGAUAUCCUUCCGAUGAAGACUGGUUGCCAUCGUUAUCAUGGGAAGACAGUGAUCUAUCAAGCUUGGAUCCUGAUAUAGAGCCACGUUUUUAUAUAAUACUGAGUGGAACAGUUUCAGUAUAUAUAGACCCAAGGAUGACUGGGGAGGAAGAUUAUGGAGCAGCCCUCAAACCUUCCUCAGCUAGGAAAGUAUCCGCAAAAUCUGAAAACAAAGAAGACAAAAAGAAAAAACAGGAAGGAGAAGGAGACGGAGAGAAGAAAGAAGCUACAAUAGAAGGGGAUGAUAAAGAAAACACAACAGGAGAAGAAGAACAGAAAACCACAGAACAACAAAAACAGCCAAAGAGAAUCAAAGAACUUGACAGGUCAAAGUUUGGCAAAAUGAUUGUUCAAUAUGGACAGGGAGAGUCAUUUGGUGAAGUUGCAUUGAUAAAGCGUGAUGCCUAUAGAAAUGCUACUAUCAUUGCUGAUGAAGAUUGUGACCUUAUGUUAAUUGGAGAAGAUUUGUAUGAACGAUCUUUAAAGGCCUCAAAAGAAGAGGAGUUUGCGUCUAUUUCUCGAUUUAUAGAUACUCAUCCAUUCUUCUGCGACAUGCCAGUAAAACUUAAGAAACUGUUGGAGAUGAGUCUCAGGAAAGAGAGCUUUAUUUUUGAUUCCAUUUUAAUCAGACAAGGUGAUCCCGUAUAUGGUAUGAUGUUCCUUAAUAGUGGACAGGCAAAUAUAACCGUUGAACCACACAAACAUCCAAAACAAUACCCACAGCUGUGGCCAUUUGAAGCAGGAGUAGAUAUAUAUUCGAUUGAAUUUGAGUAUUUAAGGGAACCUAGACGACAAGCUAUUCUUAGAAAAUACGAAGAUCCGUCGGUGUGGGAAACAAAGUCAGAAGAUGUUGUUAUACGGAGAACAGAGGGAUAUGCUGCAAUAGAACGCAGAAUGAAGGAACGUCAUAUUGAUCUUUGUAGUGUCACUUCUGGAGAAGUUAUUGGUGACACUGAGAUUUUAAUGAAUCUCAGUACAUACCUUUAUACAGUAAAAUGUACAGCAAAUACGGAAGUGUUUAUCUUAGAUACGAAAAAUUUUGAAAGAUUGGUAGGAAAGAAAAAUACAAAUACUACAGAUAUAAUCAGGGAAUAUGUAAAAUCGAAGCUUAAAACAAGGAUGGAAAUGAAAAAUGGACCUUUAGUGCCAUUGCUUCCGUAUUUGCAUUUCAAAUUAACAGCGUUGACACUUCCAGUAGAAAAACCUCUUCCGCCUCUUAAGAAUUCAAAACAUCUCCCAAACAAAGAAUAUCAAACAAAACAUUUAUUGAAUCUUUUCAAAGAAGGCAAGGCUGUUUUAGUCGAUCCAAUUGUCCCUGGAGUUCAUUAUUACAAGGAACUUAUGUUAGAAAAAGCAAAAGCACGUGAAUUAAUCAGGCGAACCGACGAUAGCACUACUGCUAGUCUCAGGGCUAUGAAGAGAAAUCCUCGAAAACAACCGAGGAGUUUAAUGGCCAUUCGAGAGUCUCUUCAACAAAUGAUGGAAGCGGAAGUUAUUACAAUGGAAAAUAAAAAAUCUAAACAGAAAUUCAAACGCAUGAAAAAGAAAACAGGAUCGAAACAUUCUGUCGACAAUGAACAGCAGCCGAUUGAUUCAACUACAGAAUAUGCGUCAAGCAUUGCUGAUAGCGUCAAAGGGAAGAAAGCAAAGCUGAGGAAAAAGAAUGGUAGCAUAGCAAAUAGCAAGUCAGAAUCAGAUAGUAAUAAUAACAAUAUUGCGGAGCAGUCAUCAACACAAAAACCAACCACACCUAUAAAAAUUACAAUUGAUACAGUUGCAAGUUCUGAUUCAGGCCUACACAAAUCACAGGAAACCACUUCUUCUGUUGAAAAUAAAAAGAAGUUGGGGAAACCAGUGCUAAUAACGGAAUUAAAACGUAGUGACUUAGAUUUACCAGCAAUUCACGAAGAAAGAACUGAAGAAGAAAUUCUAUUGUAUAGUCCUAUACCUAAAGCAGAAGUAAAUUCAAAACCAAUGAUUAAAACGCCUGUAAACAUAGAAAAUACUCAGAGUUCUGAAAAUAAAGAUGAUUUUGAAAUUAAUUCAAAUAGGUUAGAAAAUGUAGAGACUGUUAUGAGUUUAGAACAUGAAUCAGAUGGCGAACAACGUUUAAUUCUUCCGCAGUUACGACCCGUAAAAGAAAAGAAGAAAUCAACUUCAAAAGAAACAACUCCAAGAAGGGAAGAAGAGGAAAGCGAGAAUUGGGGUAACGCAAUGAAAUUCGUAAAUAAACGUAUUCAGUCAAGGUUAACGGCAACGUCAUUAGAUAACGUAUCAGAUACGUUUGAUUUCGAAUCUAGUGAACCAACACUUAGACUUUUAGAAAGUAGAAUACAAGCAUUCCAUAUUAAGUAUGGAGGGAAAGCAAAGAGUCUGAAGACCAUGAAGUUACCUAAAUUGGCCAGAUUUGAUGCCCCAAGAGAAGAACCAGUUAUGCCAUUACCUGGUGCAAAAGUAUGGGUGAAAAAGAGAUCGUGUCAGUUUUCAACGAACAAGGUCCGAGUAAAAGACCAUGCACAUAUCAGGCAUCAUGUAGUUCAUGAAAUUCCAGAAUUUGACCAUGUAAAACGAACUCAGCAAGUUUUAUCUAUUCUAGCUGAAGAUGUUGCUCCACGAAAUGAAAUGUUUACAUAAUCUACUCUUAGCAAUUACUUAAUGAUUAUAUAUAAAAAUCCAUACAGUUACGUGUCUUUGGUUUGCUGGUCGGAAAAGUUACAAAACACUCAUCAUCAAUAUAGUAUAAAAUAUAAGUGGGAAAAACAGGUCGAUCAUAUCAUAUUUUUGCCGGAUUUGAUACAAAAUUAAUUUUCCCUGAAAAGUGUACAAUAUAUUUCUUUUAAAUUUCAUUGUGAUGAUAAUUCAUAUUGAAGAAUUUGGAAAAUAAUGACUUUAAAAUUAAUUUAUAAAUGUUUUCAUUUGCAAACAAUGAUGAUGACCUUGUAAUAACAAAAGUAUAAUUUUAGUGUCUAGUCUGUGUACCAUAUUGCAUACAAUUUAUUUCUCAACACCUUUUUACGAUACAAAUUUCAUGACGAUCAUCUAAAUUUUGCAUAAAUAAAGGCAACAGUAGUAAACCGCUGUUCGAAAUUCAUAAAUCGAUUGAGAAAAAAACAAAUCCGUGUUACAAACUAAAACUGAGGGAAACACAUCAAAUAUAAGAGGAGAACUACAACACAAAGGAAACACAACAUUAACAUGUAACACUCACUGAAACGAACUAUAAUAUAACAACGGCCAUUUUUCUGACUUGGUACUGGACAUUUUAAGAAAAGAAUGAUGGGUUGAACCUGGUAUUGUGGCUAGCCAAACAUCGCACUUUAAUGACAAUGUUAAAUAUAACACUUACAUGACACAAACAUAUGACAUAAAGACAUCGAAAAAAAAAUUGAACUAAAAAAUAUGAUAAAGAAAUAUGUUGCCAUAACUUUGUAUUAUAAUACGGUUAGAUAAUCGAAUGAUAAUUACAAUACUUUGAUGUAUCCAUUUUUUAACUGUCUAAGCCAUCAUAUUUUGUCAAACAGAACUCAAAUAAGAUUAAUAACAUUCUUCAUGCAUAUACAUUUAUCAGGUUGUAACUUUGUUUCUUUUCUUUAUUGUACAUGAUUAACUCAAAAACAAGCAUUUAAAAAAUUAGGGUGCUGACCUAAGAGUUAUUCGAUUAUAUUCAUAUAUAUUAAUAGAAUGUAUUGAACAUGGUUUUGUUAUUUUAUUGAUGAUCAAUACUAUUUUUAUGAUAUUAACAUUUGUUAAAAAAUGAAUUAAAUUAUUUUUAAGGUAUA